ACUAGUAUGGGCCGACCCAAACCAAUCCUAAAGGCUAAAACGGGUUCACGUGGGUGCGGCGACGUUUUAUCGGAACGAACGCCUUAGACGGCGACAAAGCGCGCACCUUUCACUCAGAUAAAUGGCAAAGUUUCGCGGUCACUAUCUUAAUUAUUCUCCCUCCCAACCUAAAACUUACUCACUCUCUUUCUCUACCUCUCUCACGCACCCAUCAUUAUCAAUUCCGAUUUGGCAGCCAACCGCCAACCGCCAAAUCUGUCUCAGCGCGAAGAAAUUAAUUAAUAAUGAGUUUAUUAUUGAAUUCCCUUUUUCUUUAAGUUAGGGUCUAGUUUAUGUUGAUGCAGGUUUCUGAGAGAAGUGACAGAUUCAUUCUUAGCUUUCUGUCUUUCCAAUGUGAUGGAGAAGUUGGAGGCUUGGAGCGUCGUAUAGAUUCCCAGAAACCUCUAAACGCAGCGUUGCAUUUUAUGCAGCCUUGUUGUGCUGCGACCGAGGGAGAUACUUCUUUCGGAUAUUGUUUGCCAAAUGUCAGAAGUUGAUAUGGCUGUAGUAAAACCUGAGAUGAUGAGAUCGUAUAUCUGGAUACAAACCACGGAUGGUGCAGCUCAGCAAGUGGAACAAGAAGUUGCCAUGUUUUGCCCCAUGAUAUGUCAGGAAGUAAUACAAAAGGGAAUGGGAUCUUCUAAGAACUAUGCUAUAUCUCUACCACAAAGAGUUGGUACAUCCAUGUUUAGCCUAAUUCUUGAUUACUGCAGGUUUCAUCAAGUACCUGGUCGCUCUAACAAGGAACGCAAGUCUUUUGAUGAGAAGUUUGUUCGAAUGGACACAAAGAGGCUUUGUGAGUUGACUUCUGCCGCUGAAAGCCUUCAGCUAAAGCCCUUGGUUGAUCUUACUAGCCGCGCACUUGCACGAAUCAUUGAAGGGAAAACCCCUGAGGAGAUACGUGAGAUAUUUCAUUUGCCUGAUGAUCUAACAGAGGAAGAGAAACUAGAGCCUUUGAAGAACACAACUGAUGAUCCACGGAUCCGACUUCUAAAUCGAUUGUAUGCGAAGAAGAGGAAAGAACUGAAAGAGAGAGAGAAACUAAAGAAUGUCGAGGCCGAAGAGGAGCAUGUGGAUGACCGCUCAGUUGAUGACCUCUUAUCAUUCAUCAACGGAGGAGAUGGAGAUUCCAAAGGGAUGAAAACUUCCAAGAAUAGAAAGAAACAACAAAAAAGAAAAGAUCGGCAAAAGUGUGCCCCUGAAAUGCAUAAAAAGGAGUCUAAUGCUUUUAGUUCGUUAUGCCAUAAUGCCAAGGAUGAUCAUGAAUUACAGUCCAGCCUCAGAGAGAAAUUAAAGUUACAAGAUGCGGCAGAUGUAAUUUUUUCUCCCACAGUGGAGUUUGAGGAUGUUGAUAUUGAUGGCGAGAUAGAUCCAGCUUUAAAAGAAGAAAUUGAUAGGGAGGUUGAAGAUUUUGCUCGAAUACUAAAUUCAGAUUGGCCUGAAAGGAUGCAGGAGCUUCUAUCUUUGGGUCAAGAGAGGAGACCGGCACAAUUAUCUAUUAAUGGCAAUGGCAAUUUGAAAAGAUAUGGAACAUUAUUCCCCGAACCCUAAUCCGUUAGAGCCUCCAUGACCAUUAUGCUCCUCGAAGACUCCUUGAAUGAUUUGUAUGGAUGGAGAGGACCAGAUCAUGGGCAACAAUGAAUUCUGCAGUAUGGAUUCUCCCUCAGGCUGCCAGUGGUUGGAACAAUUUUGACCAGAUGCUAAUACAGGUGGCUUAUGGAAAGAAAAAGGAUUGUAGUGUCAGUGAUGUGAAUUCAGAUGUAAGUUUUUUUCCCUGUAUUUGUUUAUUUAUUUUUCGCAUAAGGGAAAAGUAGAAAGAAUUGCUUGUGCCUUUCACGAGUCAAUUUGUUUGUAGGGGCGCAACCUUUGUCCUUUUACGGAAGGAAUAAAAACGCAAAGGCCAUUCUAUGAGCCAUUUCUUCUCAAUUGGGGGGUGUUUGUUAAUUCCUGUUAAAGUAGUAUUGGUUACCUUCCCCAUCUGAUAAAAGGUUGUCUUUUUAUUUUUUGAACUGGAUGAAAUUAAGAGGCACACAUACCCCUUCAAUGAUUUGGCAGGCAUUCCUCAGCUCA